AUGCGUAAAGCCGCUUACUCGGGCGAACAUAAGCUUGAAAAGGAAUCGCGAGUGAUUAUAAGUGCGGAUUAUUCAGUAAGUGCUACGAGUGAUGUAUGCACGAUUGUACCAGAGUGUAAGUUUGCACGUAGACCAAAAUCGCGAUGUUUUGAAAAGAGAGAGUUUGAGCUGAAGUCACUGUUAAGAGCGAUCUUGCUGCAUCUAUUCAUGACAAAGCACAUCGCAGGAAGCGAUUCUGCAAUUAGAACAAAGUAA